AUGGAUGACACUAGCUCAAAAUUCCGCCGCAUCGGAGCGGGCUUCUGCGGGACAGUGUGGACAGCAGCAGAAGGAGGGUCCGCCUACAAACGCGAAGACGGGGGCCCUGACCGGUCGUUAAGAAACGACAGCAACAUGCAUCAGCGCUUAUCAGAUUGUAUGAGAGACACCAUUGUCCAAAUCCCAAUCCAUCACGACUUCAUAACCCCGAACGAUGACUGGUGGGGCAGGAACCUUAGCCGCUUCCCAGAAGGCUAUAAGCCAUGCAAUAUGAUCCACGCCCAACGGAUACCUGCCGUCAGGGGCGAGAUCAGACAGCUUCUCACCAUACGGUUCUGUCCGCCGGGCUUAGCCAACGAGAUCCUAGAAAGCGACACCAACAGAGACUGCCUGAUCCGUCCAUAUCUAGGCCGACGCCGCAUCUCGCGUCCUUCCCGAUUCAGGGCCUUUUCCUUGAGGAAUUAUCCUCUGCAUAUCGAUCAGAUGGAAGAGCUGGGUAUUCCGGAGGAUGACAUUCGUGAUUAUGCUCGGGCGAUGGCGGAGGCUCUUGCGGUGAUGCACUGGGUUGGGGAGGUAGAUGGCAAUGACAUCGAGUUUGUUCUUGCGACGCCAAACAAUGGCACUGGAAUGAGAAAGGACAUGGAGGGAAGGAUAUGGCAUAACGCACUCGGUGAGCACCAGAUGUGGCUGCUGGACUUUGACCUCGUUCGAGAUAUGACGAUGGAUGAGCAAGGUGUCAGACAGGCAGUGACAGCCUUCUUGAAAAACGACCCCUUCUGUCCAAGGCCGGACCAGCACUCAGAACUCUGGGCUACUUUCCGCCAGCAGUACCUGGUGAUCAGCGAGAAGUGUCUCUCGAACUCAAAGGUUCUGCACAGGGAUCAUGUCUCUCAAACACAGAGCCUGCCAGAGCUCUUCAUUCACUUACUUGAGAGUCAGACUUGA